ACUGAGUUGUCAGUGGUCAGACACAGUCUUUAUCUAUGGACACAGUGUAUACAUUGUUUUGUGAAGUUUAAAGGAAAUUCAGAAUUUUUUAAGAAUUAAAGACUGAAAAUGUUAUUGUUUCGGUUCCAGAUCAAGAAUCUUUUUAUCGAUACGAUCUUGAUUGUGUAACUUGAGUGACCAUGCAAGCUCAAUCUUCUAACAGCAUGGAGGUGGCUGUGGACCCACAUACUACCCAAAUGAACCAGUUUAUGUCCUAUAUUAAAACUUUGGACAAUCCUGACUGUAAAGAUGAUCUUAAGCUGAAAGCGAUUCAGGAAAUCAGUAACAAUUUUGAGUUGAUACUGAGCUCCACACACUAUACCACGUUCCUCAGUUUGUCCAUUAAGGUUUUCCUCAACAUUCUAGGAGAAGGCGAGCCAUAUUUUAUAGCCGAAUACAACAUUCAGCAAGUGAGAAAGUUAAUACUUGAAAUUCUCUACCGGCUUCCUACAAAUGAGCAUUUGAAGAAGUAUGAACGUCCUAUUCUGAACUUGAUGUUAAGAUUGCUAGAAACUGACAACGAAUCGAAUGUUUUAGUAUGCUUAAAAAUUAUAAUUGAGCUGCACAAAAUUUAUAAGCCCGCAAUGAAUAGCGGUAUCCAUCAAUUUCUGAAGUUUGUUAAAUCGGUCUACACAAACUUGCCAAACCACAUGCCAAAAAUAUUCGAGCCCAAAACUCCUAUUAAAGUCAAAGACCUGACCGAUUUAAACCUAGACGAACUCCUGCAGGAAACAUUUACGAUUAGAAGCAUUCAAACUGAAAAUCGAAGCGAAGAUGGAACACUCAUUGCUGAAUACUUUCUUAUUCCGAAAGCCGUAUUAUCUCUUAAAGUUCUUCAAGAGUUGCCCAUAAUCGUAGUGCUGAUGUAUCAAUUGUACAAACAAGACGUUCAUCAAGGUGUCAGCGAUUUUAUUCCGUUGAUCAUGAAAACUAUAACGCUUCAGCCGUCAUUAGAGCUCAGACAGAUGGACAACUUCAAUAAAGAGACAUUUGUCGAUUUCAUGGGAGCGCAGAUUAAAACUCUCAGUUUUAUGGCCUACAUUAUCAAAAGUUACAUUGAAGUCGUCAAAAAUCACGCAGACUCGUUAGUCCAAGGUAUGCUUGAGCUACUAUCGCUCUGUCCAAUGGAGGUGUCACAUUUAAGGAGGGAACUCUUAAUUGCUGCAAGGCAUAUCCUAGCUACAGAUCUGCGCACUAAGUUUGUGCCAUAUAUUGAGCGUCUAUUUGACGAAGAUGUGUUGCUGGGUCGUGGCUGGACGACUCAUGAAUCCUUACGCCCUUUGGCUUACUCCACACUAGCAGAUUUGGUACAUCAUGUCCGGCAGUUUUUACCUAUGGACGACCUUACGAGGGCAGUUCAUUUGUUCGGUAAAAACGUGCAUGACGAAAGCUUAGUCACUACCAUUCAUACCAUGUCUUGUAAGCUGUUGUUAAACCUAGUUGAAUGGAUUCGCCACAAAUCUGAGGCCGAAAAUAGGUACAACGAUGGAAGAGAUUUGUUGAUGAGAAUGCUCGAAAUAUUUGUACUGAAGUUUAAAACAAUAUCCAAAAUUCAUCUACCGAUUCUUGUAUCCCGUUCAGAUCAGAAAAAACUUGAGUCAGAGAGUAAAACAGAUUCAACCGAUAUUUUGGAAUCCCUAAAUACAAUCCAAUCUGAUGCAGGGUUAGUCAAGUCACGCUUCGGUAGUCAACAAAAUACCACCAAUACUUAUAGCGUAGCUGAGUAUAGAAGUCUGGUCAAAACGUUGGUGUGCGGUGUUAAGACCAUUACUUGGGUAUGCUGCAGCCGGAAAACUCCGACCGGCCAAACAAUGGCGGAAGCUCGACUUUUCCAACCGCAUGAAACGCUAAUUUUUGUCAGAUUGGUGCGAUGGGCUUUGAAAGCUUUAGAUGUAUAUACUCUUAAUAUAGGUCAUGUGUCAAAAGUUGUUAUGAAUAUGAAAGCAAAGGAGGAAAAGGAAGUGCUGGAACAUUUUAGCGGUGUAUUUUCCAUGAUGAAGCCUCAGACUUUUCAAGAAAUAUUUUCCAGCACCAUAGAGUAUCUAGUGGAAAGAGUCAACAAAAAUUCCACAUUGCAAACUAUUCCUAAUACGCUUCUGGCAAACCCUGCUACUAGCCCCAUCUUUGCAACUGUAUUAGUGGAAUAUUUGCUCGAACGUAUGGAAGAAAUGGGUGUAAAUGUCGAACGAAGCGAUCUUUAUUUGCGACUUUUCAAACUGGUAUUUGGAAGCGUUUCGUUGUUUCCUCAAGAAAAUGAGAACAUGUUAAGACCGCAUCUACAUCAAAUCGUUAACAAGUCGAUGGAAUAUGCUAUGUUAGCUACGCGGCCUCACAAUUAUUUUAUGUUGUUGCGUGCUUUGUUCCGUUCAAUAGGUGGUGGGAGCCACAACUUACUUUACCAGGAAUUUCUGCCAUUGUUGCCUCAACUUCUAGAGGGAUUGAAUCGUCUGCAGAGCGGAUUGCACAAACAAGACAUGAAAGAUUUGUUUGUAGAACUCUGUUUAACGGUGCCUGUUAGGCUCAGUUCGUUAUUGCCUUAUUUACCCAUGUUGAUGGAUCCCUUGGUAUCUGCUCUAAACGGGUCGCCAUCCUUAAUUAGCCAAGGUCUCCGAACGCUGGAAUUAUGCGUCGAUAAUUUACAGCAUGACUUUCUGUAUGAACACAUUCAACCUGUUAGAGCCGAACUUAUGCAAGCCUUAUGGAAAACAUUGAGAAACAAUGACCAGCUCGCCCAAGUAGCAUUUAAAGUACUUGGGAAAUUUGGCGGUGGAAACCGAAAAAUGAUGAUUGAACCUCAAAAAUUGGAGUUUAUUUCAUCUGAUUUCGACCCCCCCGCAAUAUUAGCAAGGUUUGAUGAUUAUCUGAAACCUGUAGAAUUCCCAGUUGCACCAGUUAUGGAGACAGCAUUUAACGCUCUCAAGCAAAGUUCUACUGAUCCAUUCUAUCGAAAGCAGGCAUGGGAAGUGAUAAAGUGCUACCUUACCGCAUCCAGAGGUCUCAGUGAUAACAAACAAACUUUGAUAAACUUAUUCUUGCAUCCCAGUUUUCAAGAUCCUGCAACAAUUAGAACUAUCAAAGGUUCAAACUAUUUGUCUAUUCAUAAACAGGCACGAGACACACAUCAGUUGGCUUUAACAGGGAUGAUUAUCGGGGCGGCUAUUAAAGAACUGCGUGAAGCAGCAAUGCAGACGUUUGUUUUGCUUGUAAGACAUUAUACCAUGGUUGCUGUAGCUCAAGAAUGUGGCGCUUUCGCCUACACCCCAGAACCCAACAAGCAAAUUGAUUUAGAUCCGUUGAUUUUGGUGGACGCUUUAGCUGUUAUAAUGGGACAUGAAGAGCGCGAACUGUGCAAACCAGGUCAUAUUGGUUUGAUGCUGAUAAUUGAUACGGCCACCACAUUGCUGGGUAGCAAAGAAAUGGCCUGCCGGCUACCACUCAUCGAGUAUCUAUCGGAGAAAAUGUGUGGUUUGUGUUACGAAAGGGCUUGGUAUGCUAAAUUAGGCGGUUGCUUAGCCAUUAAAUUUAUGUUUGAAAAGUGCGCAAUAAAAUGGGUGUACGAACAUAUGUACACGUUCCUUAAAGCAUUACUCUUUGUUAUGAUGGAUCUAACUGGUGAAGUAUCAAGCGGGGCUUUAGAUAUGGCACGUGAAAAUCUCCAGAAAAUGCUGAUAAUUCUUGCAAGCCCGCCACCUGAAGGUAGUGAUGCUGAGACGAAAAACUUGCAAGAAGAUGCCUUGAAAAAAAUCACACAUGAGCUGGUUCGUCAGGUGACUAGUCCGCACAAGAUGGUUCGAGAUCAAGCCAUGGCUAGUCUUCGCCUGAUUGCUAAAGAGCAAGACAAAACUGUAACAGAAGUCAUGGAACCGUUUAAAGGUAUCUUAGCAGAUUCGGUGCCACCGAAAAAUCAUCUACUGAUGCAUCAACCAGUUAUUGUUCAAAUGGGGCUUAUGGACGGUACCAUGUUUUGCAAUACACUACAACCCCGCCUUUUCACAUUUUCUUUCGAAAUUGCCGAGCAUAAAAUGUUUAUUACCGAUUUAUUAUCAUUAUGCAAAAUGGAAGACACUAGACUAAACAGCUAUUUCUGUUACAAGUCGAUUUCAAACUUUAACCCCCUGCGCCAAAGUGCUAUCAAAGUUUUAGCUUCGUGCUAUUACAUAGACCAAGUUAGAGACGCAAUUUUCGAGGUGCUGUACAAGGCCUUAGAAAAAUCGAAUGCUGAACUUCAAGAAACAGCGUUUGAAUGUAUGAAAACCUUCAUUGCAGGUCACCAGAUAGACAAGGAAAUAUUUAGCCCCAUGAUACGGCCUUUACUGCUUACCUUAGGAGACGAAAAAGUUGUUACUUUGAAUGGAGUAAAAAUGCUGUCUUAUUUGACACAGCUGUUUCCAAAUGGAUUCAAUGAGGAGCUUUUAUGUAGCCAGUUAUACAUCAUUUUAGAAAGUUUAUUGGGCAAAUUAACUGCAGCGUAUAAAGCGGCUCAAGAGUCUGGAGUUGGACGCACAACUAAGUUCGAAAUGGAAGAAAAAGUGGCAACGAUUAUAAACAUUUUCCACCAAACACCAGCUGCAUCUAGCCAGUACGUUUUAAAACUCAUUCAGCUGAUAAUACAAAGCGAACAAGCAAUUUCCAUUGAACCUAGUAGUACGUUUAGGGAACCUUUGAUGAAAUUUCUAUUAAAAUAUCCAUCCGAAACUCUCAACCUUCUGCUAGACGAUAAUUUUAUUAAAGAGAAAUCUUACAGUCGAUAUUUGGUGUUUAUGAUUAAGCAUAAAGACGGCAAAAUUUUCAGGGAUUAUAUUCAACAGCAUAUGGUGAGACGUUUGAUUAUUUUGGCUCAAUCCAACUAUGUGAGCAUAAAUCUAGGCAUACAGGAACGCAGUGAUUGCCAAAGGAAUGAGCUGCAAUUUCAAAGCAUCCGAAUAAUAUCGUUGCUAAUCAAGUUCGAAGACCAAUGGUUGGCAUCCCAACAGGAUUUAGUGCAAGCGUUGAAGCAAAUCUGGUGUGACGAUGGAUAUUUGGAGCGGCACAAAAAUGUACAAGCAAUGGACUACACUCAUUGGAAGGAACCAAAGUUACUGGUUAAGAUUCUGCUCCAUUAUUUUUGCCAUUACCCGAACGACGUUGAUUUAUUGUUCCAGUUAUUGAGGGCUCUUAUUGAAAGAUCCAUUCCCAAUUAUCAAUUUCUGAAGGAUUUCCUGGAAAAUACUGUAGCGAAAAAUUAUACUGUUGAGUGGAAGAGAGCUGCAUUUUUCAGAUUUGUCGAACUAUUUUCGAGCACUGAAAUGAGUCAAGAAUUAAAAGCUAAGGUGUUACAGUUGAUCUUGAUUCCAUGCUUCAGUGUUAGUUUUGAGCGCGGUGAAACAAACAAAUUGAUAGGAGGGCCACCAGCGCCAUAUCAGGAUAAUAGUGAAAAUGUGGUGUCAGUUUCUAUCACCAAACUUAUCGAUCCAGAUAGUCCGUUCCCGCAGGCCGAUUGUGUUAGAAUUUCACUACUCCAGUUUGCUUGUCUGUUAGUGGAACAGGCCAGUCCACAUAUUCACGAUCAUGACCCUAACAAUAAAGCUCAGGGCUACAAAUUGCGGCGAUUGAUGACUUUCGCGUGGCCAUGUUUGUCUGUUGGAAACUGUGUAGAUCCAGCAACAAGAUACCACGGCCAUCUGCUGCUUUCUCACAUAAUAGCUAAGUUUGCCAUUAAUCGGAAAAUCGUGCUUCAGGUAUUCCAUUCCCUGCUAAAAGCUCACGCAGCAGAGGCCCGCACAGUUGUACGGCAAGCUUUAGAAAUUCUGACUCCUUCCAUGCCAUUUAGAAUGGAAAAUGGGUAUGACAUGUUAACCCACUGGACUAAGAAAAUUUUAACUGAUGAAGGACAUUCCAUACAGCAAUUGUUUCACAUUUUACAGCUUGUCGUAAAACAUUACAAGGUGUACUAUCCAGUGCGUCACGAUUUAGUUCAGAAUAUGGUAAAUUCCAUACAACGGCUGGGUUUCAGUGCUCAGCCUAGUCUUGACCACAGGAAAUUGGCGGUCGAACUAGCGGAAGUGAUUAUCAAAUGGGAGCUAUGCGGAAUCAAGGAGGAAAACUCGCCUGGCGAUGGCGUAUCUUGUAACAUUGCUAAAACCAAAAAGUUCUUUAAGAAUCAAGUUGAAACGGGACUACGGCGAUCUAUUAGCGACGACAGAUCUGAUAGAACAGAUCCACAUAGAAAGAAACUUGCAUUGGCUUCUUCUGGAGGACCGAUUCCUACUCCUAUUAAAUCUACAGACCCGUCAGUUCCAGAACAUAUAGAUAAACGCCAUACUGAUACAGUUUUAAAUUUUUUGUUGCGAUUGGCUUGUCAGGUGAGCGAAAUGGCGCCUCAAAAUCCAGUUACACCCGCCAACACAAGUCCGGCCGAAUUGCUAUCGCGCCGCUGCAUACUUCUCCUGAAAAGCGCCUUAAAGCCGGAACUAUGGCAAGUGCCAGUGGAUCUUAAUUUGGGCUUUUUCAAUAAAAUAUUACUGUCUGUGGGGUCAGCCAAUUACAAUUCUUCGAACAUUUGCACCGCUUUAGAAUUGUUGACGUUCCUGUUAUCUGCCUUGAGAAGAGAACAGAUUUUGGAUCAAUAUAAACAUUUGCAGGAAGGACUGGCAGCAUGUAUUGUAACUUCCGAUGAAAAGAUCAUCCAAAUGAUGCACAGUUUGUUGGUAAACCUGUUUCAGCUGUUCCCAUUGGAAAGAGUCAACAAAAUCGAUGAGCUCAACGUGUUUUACAGUAGAAUCAAUGACGAAAUCCUAAAGAGCCUAAAUAAGUACGAAGAGAUCAAAUCGCCUAUGGCUCUUUUCGGCACCGUGAUGAUCCUGAAAGCCGCUUGCAUAAAUCGUCCCACGUAUAUUGACACUAUGCUGUUAACGUUUAUGAGAGUGUUGCACCAAGUGGCUAAGGAGCAUUUACAGCCCACGUCUCAAGAAUAUGUUUCUCGUACCGUGGAUGUACUUAUCCUUUGCCUGGAUUUGGUGAAAAAUAGAACUGAAGUUAUGAGUUUGGAAAUGAGAAAAUCAUUUAUAGGAUCUAUACUAGUAGGUUUGAUGGAGAAAACACAAAACGUCAAGGUGAUGAAAGCUGUUACAAAAAUGAUAGAGGAAUGGAUGAAAAGCAAAGAUAUAGGUGGAGUCAAUCCAGCGCCCAGCUUCCGAGAAAGGUCAAUUUUAUUAGUGAAACUUACCCAAUAUGUGGAAAAACGUUUCCCUGAUGAAACCGAAUUGAAUGCUCAGUUUUUGGAACUCGUCAGCUAUGUAUACAUGAACGAUACUUUAAAAUCAACUGAAUUGGCUUCUAAGUUGGAGCAAGCGUUCUUAGCCGGUCUGAGAUGCACUCAACCACACAUUCGAGCAAAGUUUUUCAAGAUACUGGAUUCGUCGAUGAAGCGUCGUCUAUACGAUCGAUUACUUUAUAUUGUGUGUUCUCAAAGCUGGGAACCAAUCGGGCCACAUUACUGGAUCAAACAAAUCAUCGAACUACUUCUGGUAACUGUGGCACCAUCCAUAGGAAUUGAAAUGGCCCAUCAGAGUAGUAUUUUGCCUAGUAUUACGUCAGUAAUUAAACAGGAAAAACGCACCGAAUUUCAAGAAACGAAUCCCGAAAAUGUAAAGUUCUACGAUUGUACUGAAAUUAAAGAGGAGGUAAUCGACAUGGAAUCUGUUGAAACACAACCCGAUGAAAAGCCAUUAAGUAGAGCGGAGACAAUCACCAAAAUGAUCAAUAAACAUUUUGAAUUCAUCGAGGUAUCACGAAACAUCACCACAGAGCAAUUUCUGUUGGCAGCCGCUCAGCUUUGUCACAUAGAUACCAAUUUAGCUGAGCAAGUGUGGCUUAGUCUGUUUCCUCAGUUAUGGAGUAUUCUGGACGAAGAAGAACGAGUUGCUAUUUCAAAGAGAAUAAUCGCUUUCAUUACCUCGGGUGCACACAGUGGUCAAAAAGAUUGUCAGCCGAGUGCCCUCAACACUUUUGUUGAGGCUUUGUUUAGAUGCAAGCCACAAGUGUACAUACCACCAGCUACCAUGAAGUAUAUUGCAAAACAUCACAAUCUCUGGCACAGAAUGGCCCUUGAAAUGGAGCAACAAGCAUUUGAUCCAUCAAUGAAAUCUGUUGGUGGUGGCAACUAUUAUGAGGUCGAUGGAGAGCAGGGUGAACUAUUAGAUUCAUUAGGAGAUUUGUAUCAUCAGAUGUGCGAAGAAGACUUGUGGGCCGGUUUAUGGCAAAAGCAUGCCCAUUAUAGAGAAACCAGUAUAGCAAUUACCUAUGAACAACAUGGCUUUUUCGAAAAAGCCCAAGGCCAAUACGAGGCUGCAAUGGAUAAAUUUAAAAGCGACUUGGCCCUCGGACCCGUUCCAGCUGAACAUCAACGUGAAAUCCUAUUAUGGAACAAUCAAUGGAUAAGAUGCGCAAAAGAACUGCAGAUGUGGGAUAUUUUAUCAGAACAUGCCCAACUGGGAGUAAAUGAUCCGAUGCUGCAAUUAGACUCCGCCUGGCGUACUUCUAAACCCAACUGGGAAUUGAUGAAAGAGGCACUAGUUAACGUGGAUUUUGUUUCCAAUAAGGAUACUGCGUGGAAAGCUACUCUUUAUGGAGGCUUUCUAUGCAUUUGUCAACCAGAAGAGAGUAAGCCGUUGUUGUAUGUUGAAAGGUAUGUGGAAAAUGCCAGCAACUCAUGUUUAAAUGAGUGGCGGCGUUUGCCUCACAUCGUCAGUCAUAUACACCUGCAAUAUCUACAAGCUGCUCAACAAAUUAUGGAGCUACAGGAAGCUUACCAAAUCCAUAAGUGUCUAUUGCAGGGUGGUGUCAACCCAACAUCGCUUCAUGAUUUAAAAGCCAUAGUGAAGACUUGGCGCAAUCGGUUGCCAGUCAUUGCGGAUGAUUUAGUGCAUUGGAGCGAUAUAUUUGCUUGGCGGCAGCAGCAUUAUCAAUUAAUAGUAAAGUAUCACGAAAAACAUCGUGAUACGACAAUGUCUAGCACCAAAAUAGGUAUAUGGAUGCACGCUUCCGCGCAGUCGAUUAUUCAUUUCGGAAAGAUCGCUCGUAAACAGAAGUUAGCCGGUGUUUGCUUGGACUCUCUGAAUAAGAUAUACAGUAUACCAAGCGUUCCCGUUGUUGACUGCUAUCAAAAAGUCAGACAGCAGGUGAAAUGCUACCUCCAAAUGGCCAGCAUGAAUAACAGAAAUGAAUUACAAGAAGGAUUGGAGGUGAUUAAUCAUACAAAAAUGGAGUAUUUCGCAAAAGAAAUGACAUCCGAGUUCUAUGCACUCAAAGGUCUGAUGUAUCAUCUUAGUGGAGAAUCAGAAGAGGCCAAUAAAACUUUAUCGGCGGCAGUACAGUUACACGACGCCUCCAUAAAGGCCUGGGCACUUUAUGGGGACUAUCUAGAAAGCGUCUUCUUGAAAGAUCCACGACAGAUGAGCAUGGGUGUCAAUGCAAUGGUAUGUUUCCUUCACGCCUGUCGCCAUCAAAACGAAGCGAAAGGCCGUAAAUAUAUAGCCAAAGUUCUGUGGCUACUCAACUAUGAAGACGACAAGAGUACUUUGCUUGAAGCACUUGACAAGUACGCGGUAGGAGUACCGCCACUCUUGUGGCUACCAUGGACGUCGCAAUUAUUAAACUUCUUGGUACAAUUUAAAGGAAAUGUCAUCUUAAACUUAUUGUGCCAGGCGGGCAGAAUGUUUCCACAAGCGGUGUAUUUUCCAGUUCGUCAGUUAUACUUGACAUUUCGGGCGGCGACCGCUAGAAAAACUAAUACGGCCCAGCAGGUUUCUCAAGAGAUACAAAAGGGGGAUAGUCAACAGGGAAACCAAGAAGGCAACGGCCAACCUGGAGACACUGUUGAAGUUGCGUCUGUUAAGGCUCCACCAUCUAUGGUAAAUUGUGUAAAAAUUAUGAACUUGUUGCGUAGUUUGCAUACAACAGUACUAACGAGCUUAGAAGGCAUUGCGGUUCAAAUGGAGUGGUUUAGGGAAAAUUGGCACGAAGAGGUCUUGAGGCAACUCCGUCAAGGAUUAACCAAAUGUUAUGCCAUCGCUUUCGAAAAUCGUGAAUCUGUAAAAGAAGUUAUAGCGGCUCCACAUAUUUUGAACUUUGUUAAUAAAUUGGUGUCCACAUUUGGAAUAGGUGUGGAAAAUAUCUCCAGUUCUGUAAAAGCCACCUCCUUCAAUUCGGCCGCUUCGGAAAGUUUGGCAAUGAGAGCCGAAGCCACAUAUCAAGAUCCGGUAUUUAAAGAAAUGAAAGAAGAAUUCAAGAAGGAUUUUGAUUUUUCGCAGUCAAAGAAAAUGAAAUUGCACACGUUAAUUUCCAAGCUGAAAAAAUGGAUAAAAAUCCUGGAAAACCGCUCAAAAACGAUGUUACAAUGUUUUCUGAUCGAAGAAAAAUGUCGAUUUCUGGCAAACUUUACAUUGAAAACUGCUGAAAUUGAGCUGCCAGGUGAAUUUUUGCUUCCGAAGCAUAACCAUUAUUUUGUUCGUAUUGCCCGAUUUAUGCCGCGUGUUGACGUCGUUCAGAAGCACAAUGCUUCUGCAAGAAGAAUAUAUAUAAGAGGCCACAAUGGUAAAGUUUACACAUAUUUGGUCGUAAACGGAUGUGCAUUUGGAGAUUCUAGAAGGGAAGAGAGGGUUUUGCAAAUGCUACGCAUGAUGAACAUGUUUUUAAGAAAGCAAAAAGAAACAGCCCGACGAUUUCUGCAUUUUACUGUUCCUCGAGUCAUAGCGGUCACUCAACAAAUACGACUAGUUGAAGACAAUCUAACUUCAAUAUCAUAUUUGGACAUAUUCAAGAAGCAAUGCGCUAAAUUAGGAAAGCAAGGCAUUGAUCAUGAAGACCCAAUUCAGUAUUACUAUGAAAGACUGGCCGUAGUUCAGUUGAGAGUGGGCAAAGUUAGUCAUCAAGUCUACAGAGAUAUUUUUAGAAGCAUUCAGGACACGAUGGUACCACGGACGGUGUUCAAGAAAUGGGCCAUACAGACGUUCCCAUCUGCGACAGACUAUUGGCAUUUUAGGAAAAUUUUUACCCUUCAGCUUGCAUUGGCUUGUUUCGCUGAAUAUGUUUUCCAUUUGACUAGACUUAACCCCGAUAUGAUGUAUUUGCAUCAAGAUUCUGGCCUCAUGAAUGUAGCAUAUUUUAAAUUUGAUGUUGAUGAAAGCACAGGCGAGCUGGAUCAAACCAGGCCAGUGCCAUUCCGCCUGACUCCUAAUAUAAUAGAAUAUUUGGCAACAAUUGGAGUGACUGGGCCCCUAACGGCUUCCAUGAUUGCCACUGCAAGAUGUUUGGUGUAUCCUAAUUUCAAAGUUUUAAAUAUAUUAAAGCCAAUUAUUCGUGAUGAAGUGAACCCUCCCAAACCGAAGAAAAGUGAUGCCAGUACCAAUCAGGAGGGGGUGUCUGAAGCGGAACGGAUAAGAAACGUCGUAGGACGGGCUGUGACCUCCAUUUCUAAUAGACUGAAUAGCUUAGCGCAAUUUGACGCCACUGAUAGUAAGGUGGCUACUUUGGUAGCAGCGGCCAGUAGCCCAGAUAAUUUAUGUAGGAUGGAUCCGGCUUGGCAUCCAUGGUUGUAAAAUUACACUUAGAUAUUAAAAGUAGGUUUAAUGGCGUUGCAAUUCUAAAAGACGAUGUUAGUAUUGAAAAACUAGUAGUUUUACCCGUUAAACCGUUUAUUUGUUAAUAUUUUUAAAUGGAAUGAGUUGAAUUAACAAUGGUUUGAGAAUAGAGUUAAUGACUGACUUUUCUUAUCAAACGUAUAUUUUGUACAGUCGUCCGUUAAGGGUGCAUCAACGAGCGCUUUGUAAAAUUUUCGCGAGCACACUUUCAAUUGCACCCAUAUUUCACUUACUUUAUAUCGACUGGCUGACUAUCGGUUGAUCUGACUUUUCCCAUGUGUAUCAUAUUUUGCUCAAUACGUUGAUUGUAUGUUUUACAUUGUAAUUAUCACAAUAUAAAACUUUUGUAUAUAAUUUUCUAUUUAAAAAUAAUCUUCUAGACAUACAUGACAAACAAAGUAUUAUUAUUAUUAUUAGUGGAAAAUAUUUAGACAAAUAGAUUACUAGGAAGAAGAUUCGCUUCGUUUACAAUAUGCGAAAAAUUAAAUAUCCUGGAAUAAUUUAGAAGUAGUUCUCUGGGCGCGGUCAGUUGCCGAUAAACAAGCAAUCUGUACUGCAUCAAAUGGUAUACAAAUAUCACAGAGAGAUCAAGUUUACCAUGAGUUUAAACGUCAAUUCAUGCGUCAUUUAAAGGUCAGUCGACGCGAAGAAGCGGUUUUUCAAUCUAGUUUAUAGAGUUUAACGCUUUCAGUUUAGAAUUAUGUUAAUUUAUUAUAAGGAAAUAAUUUUCUAUUUAAGAGUGUGACAGUUGUAUGUCUUGAGAAAAUCGGUAAGUUGCCAGUUGAUGUUUCCUACAAAGUUACUAAUGUUGAUUUUCGUCUAGUCGGAACAAAGUUUUUAUUAAAGAAAUUAAAUAAAUAUUCUGUUUCAAACGAA